GUCAUACUACCAUAAAUUAUGGCUAUGGCUACUAAACACUCUCUUCUGCUGUUAGGGAUUCUCAUCUUCUUCAAAAGCUUGUCGGCUCUUACUAAGCCAGCAAUGGCAGAUGACAUCCCUGCAGACUUUAGUCGCAGGUAUUUUGGAGAUAAUUUCAUUUUUGGAACAGCAACUUCUGCUUACCAGAUCGAAGGCGAAGCAAAUAAGUCAGGUAGAGGACCUAGUGUUUGGGAUAUAUUUGCCCAUGAGAGUCCAGAUAGAAUAUUGGAUGGCAGCAAUGGAGAUGUUGCUGUUGAUUUCUACCAUCGUUUUAGAGAAGAUAUUCUAAACGUGAAAAAUAUGGGUUUUAAAGCUUUCAGGAUGUCCAUUUCAUGGCCUAGAGUUAUACCCAGUGGAAGAAGACGCGAAGGAAUAAAUGAGAAAGGAAUUCAAUUUUACAGUAAUGUCAUCGAUACAAUUAUAGCAAAUGGAUUGGAGCCUUUUGUUACUAUUUUUCACUGGGAUACUCCACAAGCUUUGGAGGAUAAGUAUGGUGGUUUUCUAAAUCGUAGUAUUGUGGAUGAUUACCGUGAUUAUGCGGAUCUUUUAUUUGAGAGAUUUGGUGGACGAGUGAAAUUUUGGAUGACAUUCAAUGAACCGUGGGCUCUUAGUGGAUUUGCUUACGAUGAUGGAGUUUUUGCCCCUGGUCGAUGCUCAGCUUGGGUGAAUCGUAAAUGUGAUGUUGGAAAUUCAUCCACUGAACCUUAUAUAGUUGCCCAUCAUUUACUUCUCGCCCAUGCUGCAGCUGUACAAAUAUAUAGAGAAAAAUACCAAACAGGAGAUCGUAAAAUCGGGAUAACUCUCUUUACCUUUUGGUUUGAACCUCUCUCUAAUAGAUCAAUUGACAUUGAAGCAUCCAGAACCGCUCUUGAUUUCAUGUUUGGAUUGUGGAUGGAACCUUUAACCCGCGGACAAUACCCAGCUAGUGUUCAACGAUUAGUUGGAGAUAGAUUACUGUCAUUUAAUGCCACAGAAAGUGCAUUACUUACAAAAUCAUAUGACUUUAUUGGGUUACAAUACUACACUGCAUAUUAUGCAAAUCCAAAUAUUGUCAUUGAUCCAAAUUUUAUCAGAUACAAAACUGAUAGCCACGUCAAUGUAACUCCUUAUGAUUAUGAUGGUAAUCUUAUUGGCCCUCAGGCCUAUUCACCAUGGUUUUAUAUUUUUCCAAAAGGAAUUCGGAGUCUUUUAAAAUAUACUAAAGAUACAUAUGAUGAUCCAGAAAUUUAUGUCACUGAGAAUGGUGUUGAUAAUGGAAAUAAUGAAACUCAACCCAUCGAAGAAGCGGUUCAAGAUGGAUUCAGAAUAGAUUAUUAUCGGAAUCACACAUGGAAUGUGCUAAAAGCGAUCGAGGAAGAUAGAGUUAAUGUCAAAGGUUACUUUGCAUGGUCAUACUUAGACAACUUUGAAUGGAAUAUUGGUUAUACUUCAAGAUUUGGUUUAUAUUAUGUUGACUACACAAAUAAUCUAACAAGAACCGCCAAGGAUUCGGCUAUUUGGUUCUGCAAAUUCCUUAAUUAUACAAAUUCAGAGCCAUGUAGGAACCUACGUCCAGAAAAUAUCAACCAGGUUACUUUAAACAAGAUCAUCGAGGUUGCUUCAAGGAAAUUAAGGAAGCUUGGCAAAUUCUAUAUAUAAUGCGAAGGUGUCAUAUCGAUUAGUGCAACUUGUGAGUUUCUUGAAGUUAAAUAAUGUCAUUGGACCACUGCUUAGCUCCAGUGACCUUGCUUGUGUUGUAAUAAAUUUGUUGGCAAUGCAGUUUCUCUUGCGGGAAUUCCAUGCAUGCCUUACUUUACUGCUAUUCUGUGUUUGAAAUAAAUGCUCUUAUCCUUUGAGCUUAAA